UUAAAAAUAAAUAAAUAACGUUUAGCUAAAGAGAAAAGUGAAGUAAAGCCUGCCCCCCUAAUUAGUUUGCAUGUUGAAAUGUUGAAAUGCAAACCACGUGGUCAUCCCUGUACUUCGCUCCUCUCUGAACCCGACGAGAAUUGAAACUCGGCGACCCGCAGGCAUGGGGCUCUUUGCUGGUCUCGUCCUCGCUACUUGUGUCGCGGCUUUACUGUUUUUUCUAAUCCGCAGAGAUUCGGGGAAGAAAUACAACCUGCCCCCUGGUCCCACCCCCCUCCCUGUCAUCGGAAACGUGCACCAGUUGGACUUCAAGUGUCUGUUUAAGUGUUUUGUCAAAUUAAGCGAGCGCUACGGGCCUGUGAUGACAGUGUACCUGGGCUCCCAGCGCACGGUGGUUCUGAACGGGUUCGAGGCGGUGUGGGAGGCGCUGCAGGACCACGCAGACGAGUUCGCAGGGAGAGCGCACAUCCCCGCCAUUGCAAGGAUCACAGAAGGAUACGGUCUUUUAGUGAGUAAUGGGGAGAGAUGGAAACAGCUACGUCGGUUUUCCUUGACGACGCUCCGGAAUUAUGGGAUGGGCAAGCGAAGCAUCGAAGAAUGGAUCCAGGAGGAGGCUCGGAAUCUCGUCGAGGAAUUCAGGAAAAAUGAAGGCUCCCCUUGCGAUCCGACUUUCUUUCUGAGCCGAGCAGUUUCCAACGUGAUCUGCUCCAUGGUUUUUGGGGAACGGUUCGAGUACCAGGAUAAGAACUUUGUCCGACUGCUAGGUCUCAUCAACAGCGCCUUCCAAAUAGCAACCAGCCCCUGGACCCAGCUUUACAACAUGUUCCCGAGAGUCCUGCGCUACCUGCCCGGGCCUCACAAACGCUUAUUUGAGAAUGUGGAGGAGCUGAAAGUCUUCAUCGCAGACAUGAUCGAGAAACACAAACAGGAUCUGGAGCCGCAUUCCCCGAGAGACUACAUCGACAGCUUCCUCGUCAAAAUACACGAGGAAAAGGAGAGCCCUUCUUCUGAGUUCCACCACAAAAACAUGCUGUAUUCGGUUCUGAACCUCUUCCUAGCCGGGACAGAGACGACGAGCACGACCCUACGAUAUGGACUGCUGCUUCUCAUCAAAUACCCUCACAUCCAGGACAGGGUUCAGCAGGAGAUCGACUCGGAGGUCGGUCGGGAUCGCCCCCCUGCCAUGGAGGAUCGCAGAAAGAUGCCCAUCACUGACGCCACAAUCCACGAAAUACAGAGGUUCGCGGACAUCGUGCCACUGAACGUGCCGCACAAGACCACAAGAGACACCAGCUUCCGGGGGUACAGCAUUCCUGAGGGCACGGUGGUCUUGCCAAUGCUUCACUCUGUGCUGUAUGAUGAGACGCAGUGGGAUUCUCCAAACUCCUUCAAUCCCACAAACUUCCUGGAUGAAAACAGCAGCUUCCAGAAAAAAAACGCUUUCCUGCCCUUCUCCACAGGGAAGCGCUCCUGUGCUGGGGAGGGUCUGGCCCGUAUGGAGCUCUUCCUCUUCUUCACGACGCUUCUGCAGAAUUUGUCCUUUCGCUCCCUGGGGGAUCCCGGGGAGAUCGACGUGACUCCGAAGGUCAGCACUUUCAGCAAAGUGCCGCGGCCCUUCGAGCUCGUCGUGCGCAGCCGAUAGAAACGCAGGCGGGGAGAGAGGUGCCUUCGAACCCGAGCGAGUCACUUCACCUCCUUGGACUCCGUCCUUCAGACGAGACGCAAAACAAACCGAGGUCCUAUUGGAAGA